CCAGGCAGCAGAAUUGUCCAUCAAGUUCCUGAGUGGAGAUCGAGCAGUGGAGGUGAUCCAGGUGGUCGGACCUCGACUCGCACACCUGGGGAAAUACAACGCUGCUGCCGAGCUUUAUUUAAACAUGGACAUGAUCAAAGAGGCAAUCGAUGUCUUUAUCGAGGGCGAAGAGUGGAACAAAGCCAAGAGAGUCGCCAAGGAGCUGAAGCCCAGGUAUGAAGAAUACGUGGACCAGAAGUACAAAGAUCAUCUAAAGAAUCACGGCAAAGUGGAUUCUCUGGUGCGUGUGGACGUCAUGGCGGCUCUGGACCUGUACGCAAAAAGAGGCCAGUGGGAGAAAUGUCUGAGCACGGCAUCCCAGCAGAGCAUUAAGAUCCUCCACAAGUACGUCGCUCUGUACGCCACGGACCUCAUCAAGGAGGGGAACGCUCUGAAGGCUCUGCAGCUCUACCUGCAGCACGGGGCGUCGCCCAACCCUCAGAACUUUAACAUCUACAAGCGUCUGUUCCUGGACCUGAUCAACCUCCCUGACACCGACGGACCCGAGUCGUACCACAUGUGGGCCGACCUCCGCAACUUCCUCCUGCAGCUGAGCGAGAACAUUUCCAAGUCGAGCAAGGCCAACUCUCCAGCUCACGAGGACUUCAAUCAGAUGCUGCUGAUCGCUCACUACUACGCUGCACGAUCCGCCGCCAAAGGAGUCGAGCAGCUGACCAGCGUGGCAGCCAAGCUGUCGACGUCUCUGCUGCGUCACACUGAGCUCAUUCCUGCAGACAAAGCGUUCUACGAGGCCGGUCUGUUCUGCAGGGCUGCCGGCUGGGAGACGAUGGCUUUCAUCUUCCUGAACCAUUUUGUGGAUCUGUGUGAUGCUGUUGAAGAGGGGACGGUGGACGAUCUCAACUACUCGGACUUCCACGGCACAGACAUCCCAGUGGAAGUUCCCGUUCCCACCAAACUCUGCAUCAACGACGCUCAGCGGGAGGACAUCCGUAACUGGCUGCUGUCGGUCUACAAGGAUCAUCUGAAGCAGGAUCUGCCACGAGACGAGAGGAACUCAUACGUGGCGUCACUGGUGGACGCAAACACCGGCCAGCGCUCGCUGCCCUGUGUCCUCACAGGCUACCCGGUGCUGAGGGAUGAGAUCAAGUUCCCGUCUGUGGGCAAAACGGCGAACAAGGAAGACUGGGACAGAUUCGACAUGGCCACAAAGACCACUCACAGUCCGGAGUGUCAGGACGUCAUCGACUUCAUCGGCCAGUGGUGCGACGGACUGCCGUCCUUCCGUUGACUCAGUAAAGACCUCUGAUGCUUCAGCUGCUUUUCUCUCUUCCACCUUUUCUGUGAGUUUUGAACACCCCCCCCCCCACCCCCCCUUCUUCUUUUCUAUGUUUAUUUAUUGACUUUAUGUAAAAUCACGACUAAAAAGGAGGCGACUGUUUAAUUGUGUGUGUGUGUGUGUGU